AUGAGCCUAGCAUCAAAUCCACCGUCAACUGGUGGCCCAUCUUCUAUUGCCGCUCAGCAACGUACCCAGACUUUAAAGAGGAGCGUGCAACAAGCCUUUAACGAUCCGGCGGAUCGUGGAAUUAGCCCCAAUGUGGGCUAUCAGAGCAAAGUUCGAGUUAUAGACCGUUACAAAGUCAUUGGUUUUAUCAGCAGUGGCACUUAUGGACGAGUUUACAAGGCAGUUGGCCGUCAUGGCCAGACUGGUGAGUUUGCUAUCAAGAAGUUCAAGCCAGAUAAGGAGGGUGAACAAAUCCAGUAUACUGGAAUCUCCCAGUCAGCCGUGAGAGAAAUGGCAUUAUGUUCUGAACUCAGUCACAUCAACGUGAUCAGACUUAUCGAGAUUAUCCUGGAAGACAAAUGUAUCUUUAUGGUGUUUGAAUACGCUGAGCAUGAUUUACUUCAAAUUAUUCAUCAUCAUACGCAACCGACCCGACAUCCAAUUCCGCCAUCAACGGUAAAAUCUAUCAUGUUUCAACUAUUGAAUGGAUGUCAAUAUCUACAUGCCAACUGGGUUCUCCACCGAGAUCUUAAGCCAGCCAAUAUCAUGGUGACUUCAAGUGGCGAGGUUCGUAUCGGAGAUCUCGGCUUAGCACGACUGUUCCACAAGCCAUUACACAGCCUAUUCUCUGGCGACAAAGUAGUCGUUACUAUCUGGUACCGAGCUCCGGAACUGCUUCUAGGAUCAAGACAUUACACGCCUGCUAUCGAUAUGUGGGCCAUUGGUUGUAUUUUCGCGGAGCUGCUAUCCUUACGACCAAUCUUCAAGGGCGAGGAGGCGAAAAUGGAUAGCAAGAAAACUGUACCGUUCCAAAGAAACCAGAUGCAGAAGAUCGUGGAGAUCAUGGGGAUACCGACAAAGGAUAAAUGGCCGCACUUAGUCAACAUGCCUGAGUAUAAUCAAUUAAGUACUCUCUCAGGUUCCCAUUCGAAAUCCGGAUCCAAUCUCGAGAAGUGGUACUACGCUACUAUCAAUGUACACAGCGGCACUAGUGCACCGUCGUCUAAUGCCUCCCUCGGCGUAGAAGGCUAUAAACUGCUGUCGUCUCUCCUCGAAUACAAUCCUGAGCGACGUCUUACUGCUCAGCAGGCACUGCAACACCCAUUUUUCAGCACAGGCGAUAAGGUUAGUAGUAAUUGCUUCGAAGGCAUUAAGACAGAGUAUCCGCAUAGACGGGUCAGUCAAGAUGACAAUGACAUCCGCACGAGCAGUUUACCUGGUACGAAGCGGAGUGGCUUGCCGGAUGAUACAAGACCUAUGAAGAGACUGAAAGAGUGA